AUGUUCUGCCCCUGGUGCUCUCCAGCCAUGAACCAGCCCUACCCUCUUACUAAGGAGCAAGUUCGCCUGCUUCUUUAUGACUUCCGAAUCGAGAAGACGGCAGCCAAUUCCAUCGCUGACAUCAAUACCGCGUUUGGCCCGGACACUGUGUCCAAGAGCACUGCCUAUGAUUGGUACAGUCGCUUCCAGAAAGGAAAUGAAAGCCUGGAAGACCAGCCACGCACCGGUCGUCCUUCGGAGUUUGAUAACUCUGCCUUGCAGGAGGCACUGGAGGCCAACAACCGGCAAACAUCGCGAGAGCUUGCGGACUUGCUGGGUGUCUCCCAUACAACUAUCCUUCAUCAUCUGGCUGAGCUUGGCAAGAAGGCAAACUGCUGGCUGUCGUCGCCUUACUACAUCUGGACCUUCGCCGGCCCGGUCAUGGUCACCAUUCUACUCGGUGCCGUUUUCAUGUAUUUGGCGAUUCGAACCUAUUGUCAGUGCGGGAACGUCGGACACCGCAGCCGGAAAUACAACCUACGCGUGGUUCGGACGACGGUGUCCCUCUCGUGCCUGCUCGGCACCGGCUGGGUCUUCGGGUUCCUCUACAUGCAGGUCACGCCCAUCUUCGUCUACGCCUUCACCAUCGUGAAUGCCUCGCAGGUAACUUGCACGAGGAGAGCCUCGGCGAGGAGGUCCGUGGAGCACGACGCCGGACGGCUUUCUCCCACCAAAUCCUUCUAUGUCGUGCGUUUAGCUGCAUGGAACGAGGAGAGAAGGCCGGAUUAGAAGGUCCCCCAGAACAUCGCAUUUCGGAAGCAUGCUGGACGAUUCCAGAAGGGGGACUCGCAUUUCGUUUGUGGCGCACAGUUUGUCGAGCGAUCAGAACUGAACAUCGGAG